CCGGCCGGCGGAAGCGAGCGCUUGAAGCGGUGGGAGCAGAAGGGAAGGAAGGAAGAAAGCGGUACCGGGGAAGAGCUGCGAGACCUCCCGCCGCCAGGAACUCCCGCACUUCUCUUUAAGCAGGCACGGGGGUGAUGGUGCAGCGCCGGGCUGGCCGCCGCAUGCCAGCGCGAGGCCCCUCCAGCAAGGAAAUGACUAGCGAGGGGCCUCGCAGUUGGGGUUCUUGUGCCCUAAAAGUGAUUUUACUUCCAAAAUAAAUUACUAGGAAGAAGGCCAAGAUCAAGAUACCGUAACUGGAGAGAUUACAGCUUGGAAUUUUCUUUCUGAGACCCAAAUAUGUGUUUUGUCUAAAGAAAAUAUAGAAGGGGUUCAAAAAAAACUGGAAGAGUUCCUGAAUUUUAAGCAACUAAAAACAUCUUUGAAAGAAGCUGUCAUACUAGACUACUAUCUGUUGGGAUUUUGGUGGGCUAAAGAAAUGAAUUUCAAUCUUACUCAACUCUCAGGAUUCAUGGCUCUAUUAAACUUUUUGUUGGAAAACCUCAGCACUAAACAUAUGACAGUAGAAGACAAUGUAAAAGAGCUUGGGAGAACAAUGGCUGGAAUAGGAGAACCUCAUUCAGGAAAAAGUGGUGACUUAGAUUUCUUCAGUGUUGAUCAAGCCAAGGCUGUAAUCAGUUACUUGAAAAUCAGCUUAUUACAACACUAUAAACUAUAUGAGUAUCUCUUCCACAGUCCCAGGGAAGAACUUGUGAUAGGGGAUGAGAAUGUGAUUGAACUUGUCAAAUCUGCAGAUACCUCUUUCCCUGCUCCACUAGAAGAAGGUCUUUCUUACAAUAUAUAUUCAUCAUUUAUAGCAAUGCCUCCAGCUGCAGAACUAGAAACAGAGGAAAUUGAUCAAGAGUAUUAUCCAGAAGAACCCCAACCAGAGGAGGAAUCCCUAAAAGUAGAUCCAUUGACUGGUUUCACCACUGAAGAUGUUAAAUCUGUACUGGGUCAGAUCACAAAUGAAAUUAUUGGCAGCCUGCAGACUGAGAUAAAUGAAAAGCUGCAAAUGCAGGAAGAUGCUUACACUGAGAGAAUAGACAAAUUAACAAAGACCUAAAUAGCUAGAUGAGAAGGGUGGCACUGAGUUUUACAGAAUCCACAAAACAGAAGACAACAACUGCAUUAAUUUAAUUAUGUUGAACAUAGAUAGCUAUUGACUUAAAGUGUAUUUAAGAGGUGUUAAUCCAAAUGAUUAGUUCAUACUUAGUAAAACAAAAGACAGGGAAUUGGAGUAUGGACAUAGUUUGAAAAGUGGAGUUUGACUCUUA